UAUAAUUGUAAAUAGAUCACCCUUUUUAAAAAAAAUCCACAAUGAAAUUGAGUGUUGCAAUCUUUUUUGGAGGUCUGUUUGGUGCUUUGGGGAUUUUGUUAUUUUUGGUUGCUUUUGGAACGGAUUACUGGCUUCUUGUUACUGAAGUUGGAAGGUGUUCAGACAGUUUGAAUGACACCAGGGAAGAGAUUACUUACCACCAUGAAGGUUUUUUCUGGAGAUGCUGGUUCGCUAGUGGCAUAGAUGAGAAUACUAAUAGUAUUUGGAAAUUCUGGUACACUAACCAGGCAGCCUCAAAAAACUGCACCCAUGCCUAUCUCUCUCCAUUUCCUUUCUUCCGAGAUGAACACAAUUCAACUGCCUAUGACUCAGCAAUUAUUUAUCGUGGUUUCUGGUCAGUUCUCCUGCUUCUGGGAGUGGUAACAGCGGUCUUUGCUAGUUUCUUCAUCAUCUGUGCUGCUCCUUUUGGCAGUCAUGUACUCUACAAAGUGGGGGGAGGAUUUUUCAUUUCUGCAGGCAUCUUGUUCACAUUGGUGGUUGUGAUGUAUGUCAUCUGGCUCCAGGCAAUGGCUGAUCUCGACAACUAUGUGACGAUAAAGAAAACAGACUGUCCAGAAUUUACUAUCUAUGUACGCUACGGGUGGUCUUUUAUUUUGGCCCCAGUGGGCAUAUUUUUUGCUGUGUUUUCAGGAAUGUUGUUCCUAUUGGUAGGACGUACAAUUUACCUGCACUCUAAUUAAUCCAUCACCAAGCAUUUGAAUGA